AUGCAAUCUCUCCCCGGCUUCGCGACGACGUACAAAACGCUCACCCCAGGUUCCGGCGCUUCCGUGUCUAAAGGCGACACCGUCCUCGUCCACGCCACCGGCGUCGUUUCGCAAACGAACACAAAGUUUUGGUCGACCAAAGACGAGGGGCAAAAGCCAUUCCAGUACCAAGCCGGAGUCGGGGCGGUGAUCACCGGGUGGGACCAAGGGUGCUUGGGAAUGCGGUUGGGUGAAGUGCGAGCGUUGGAAAUCCCCGCGGACGAGGGGUACGGGCAAGGUGGGUUCCCCGCGUGGGGGAUACCGCCGGGAGGGACGUUGCAGUUUGAAAUCGAAGUGUUGGAAAUCAAUGGAGGGAAGUGA